UGUUAAGCAUUUUAUUAUUUAAUAUGUAUUCUAACAUUGUCAACUAGUGAUAUUUUAAAAACAAUUAAUAUUUUUAUUAGACUGAGUUACCAUUUAACACUUUAUUAUCAAAACUCUCUCCUAUUGCUCUGCCAUAUUAUUCUCAAAGAAACAAAGGUGAAGGGAAUAAAAACCUAACAACAAAAAGCAAAACGUUUCUGAAUUUGAUUUUCUAUUCUCAUUCUCUCUCUCACAUACACACACAUAAUCUUAGAAUCUCAAAAGAGAUGGGAAGUUAGAUUUCAUCUAGUUCAGCAGUUCUCAAACUUUUUAGGUUCAGGAUUCCAUUAUACUCUCAAAAAUUAUUGAGGACUCUAAAGAGCAUGCAUUUAUAUGGGUUAUAUCUACCAAUAGUUACCAUAUCUAGUGUUUAUAAGCAUUUAAAGUCUGGCUUCAUUGAAGACAGUUUGAGUCUCAUACCUGGUCCUGCAUUCAGUCCAUUGUGAUAUUGUUUAUGUUGAAGUAUUUGAAGAAAAUCCAGCUUUACAGUAGCUAGAAAGGGAGGGAGUGUUUCAAAUAAUUGUGGAUAUGUUUCUUUGAUACUACACCAAACCUUGUCUGAUGGUAGCUUCUUAAAGUUUAGUUGUAAUGUGAAAUUUAAGACCAUAUCAAUGUACUUUUUGUAUUCUGUUACAUUUUGGUCUGUCUUAAACUUGAAUGAGUCUUUUAUGCAUGCAUGUGUCAUCAUGCAUUAGUCAUUUAGAAAACAUUAAUUCACGGAGUUAUCCCCAUCUUCCAUUUACUUCAUUGUACGAUGUUUUAAGAAUCGCAUUUAUUAACAUAACCACCAGUCUCAUCUGAAAACUCAUUAAGCAAUGGGAAAUUUCAAGUUCUUGGUGGUAAAUUCAAAUUUUCCAAAAUUCUAAUUGCUACUGGAAAUAAUAAUUUUUAUCAACAACAAAUACUGUUAGAAGUUUUUUCUUGUAAUGACAAGUUCUGUUCUUUGACUUUUGAGAAAAUGUCUGCCAGAUACCCAAGUCUAAAUAUGUUUUUUCAACAUAUUUCAACAUACAUCUGUCAGAUGUUCUUUCAAUUGAAAAUGAAAAAAGCAAGUAGUUUUCAUUCCAUGAAAAAAGCAAGUAGUUCAGCUUCGCAACUGAAUUGAAUGCUUUUUUCUCAAGAUAACAGUCAUAAUUCCAUAUGCAGCAGAAGUUUACUUAGCAGAAGUGUGAGCCAUUUUAUCACACUGAAUAUUAAAAAGGCAUGUCCUCAAGGGUAAAGAUUUCAUAAAACUAAAAUUUUGCACUGGUUUUUUGUUUUUCUUCUGAAAGUGUAAUGGUGAAGAAUAUGGCUGCUUGGACAGUUUGCUGUCAUUGCCUUCAUUCAGGCUACCAUGCCAGAAUUUUACCCGUAAUCUCAUUUGCCCUGUGCAAAUGUUAACACAAUGGAAAAGAAGAAUGAAAGCUUAAUAUCAGUAUGAAAAGAGAAUGAUGGGACCCUCCCCAAGGUUCUGCAGACCAGUCUUUGAGAAACUGUGAUCUAGUUUAAUCCUCUCUUGCUAAAGGAAAGAAACUAAGGCCAGUAAGGAUAAAGGAUUAUUAUUUUGCUCAAAUUCAUUUCAGUAGUAAAUAGAAGAACCAAAGCCAGACCUCUGCUCCCUGCCUUACAUGUAAUGCAAUUUGUCUUGUUUUCUCUGAGAAACUCCUCUCUCACUCUCCCCAAAAAAAGAAAAUUCCUCAGAUCCAAACCAUAUACCACAGCACUGAUUUUUUUAAUCCAGUUUACUAACGGAGCAGGACUUGCCACAUGAGGAAUAUAGAAAUUCCCUUUUGGCAUUUUUAGACUUUUCUUUCAGUCCCAAUGUUCUUUAGUGACCUCAAUUUUAAAAGUAGGUGGUAUGGAAUUGAGAAAUAUUUAAGAAAUUUUCAUUGUUUUUAAAAUGAUAAAAGACCUGAGUAAUUAUUUUUCCCUUCACUUUUGCUCAUCAAAAAACUACUUUGUCAGUGUUUUUAAAAGUGUCAUUAAAUUUAUUGUGUAAUUGUUGCUUUUAAAAAGUUACAUUCUGGGGGUAAGCGUCAUUUGGUCACCAUAAGUUCUGUAAAAGGCCGCUGAUACAAGAAGCUGGCUUUUAAGUGCCAGGGGAUUGCUACCUGCUCUGUGCACAUUCCAUUAACUGCCUCUCUGGCAACCGUGCUGCAGAUUUCUGUUAGAAGGAAGCACUCUCUCUCCUAAUGGUUACACUUCUUGAUUAGAAAAGGGUUAGUCAAAAAAAUCUUUAUUUUCUCAACAUUGAGAUGGAUUAUGUGGCACUCACUAGCCAGUGGAAGAGACUGACAUGUAAACAGAUAAAUUGCUAAGCACCUCAGUUAAGUUCACUGUGUUGGAAUGGAGGGAGAACAACUUUAGUCCCAGACAGACCUGGGUUCAAAUCUAGUUCUCACCAGCUUUGUGAGAUGUUCAUAUCAAGAUUUGGUGGAGGAUUAAGUGAGAUAAUUGAUUUAAGCAUUCAGUCUGACUUGAAUGAGGGCAUUUCAUUGCUUGAAUGAGGCCUUCAUAAUAGAAUGUGAGGAUUCUACGGGUUUGGGGAAGAAUAGAAAUUGAUGAGUAGAGACAGGGAAUAUAUACACAUCUAUAGUAAAUUUUCUCAUGAAGAAAAGAAACGAGAUAGGGCUCAAGGACUCUUUAUUGCUGACAUUACUCUUUUUACAUUUUUGUGUUCAGGAAAAGCAUAGGAGAGAACAAGUCAAUAUGGUUAAGAGUAAAUAGUUCGCUCAUUUGGUUUAAAAAAAUGUUAUAUGCCAGAUCUAGAGACUGAGGUCCUGACAGUGAACAAACAAGCCCCUGCUUUCUUGGAGCUUACAUUCUACUGGGAAGAGAUGCAUAAUAAUAUAUGUUAUAAAGAUAAGUACCACAAAGGACACUUAAAGCAGAAAAAGAAAACAGCAAGUGAUCACAUGGGGCUGAGCAGCUCCUCUUAGAUAUAAUGGCCAGGGAUGGCCUUCCUAGGAGCAUGGGAGCCACUGAUGGUACAGGAUCCCUGAUGCAGCUCCAGGGGCCUGGAGACAAGUGUGGGGUCCAGAGCAGGCUGGGGAAUACUCCGUUUCCUUAUUCUAAAAUGUACCCUUUUUUGCAUUUUGAUGUUUUGAGACUUGAAGUGGAUGAGUCAUAUAUUGAGAGUGACAGUGCUUCUCCCUCCAUUCUCCUCACCCCAGAAAAGGUUUUUAAUAAAAUUUGUGUGGUAUAAUCAAAGUCAAAAGGAGAGUUUAGAAGUAGCAAGAAGGGACAGUGAAUGAGUUUCCACAUCAUGGCCUCUCUUUUCCAUGAAAUCAAUGUCAAAAAUCAUUGGAAAGAGAAAGAUGGCCCCGGGAUUAAGCAGGGGUGGGGGAGAGGGAGAGGGCCUCGAAAGACAGGGAGAAACCUAGGCCACUCCCGUGAGGAUCUGAAGGGGUCUGUUAGGCACAAGUAAAUGGAAUGUGGAAUAGGUUUUGAGACUGGAAACCUUAAACUUAUAACGUUGUCCAUUGUUCUCAGUGGUUCUCAGCACUAGGCUUCAGGCACAGGCGUGGGGAAGGUUCUGGAGGAAAAUGGCCAGGGGUGAACCUCCAACAGCCUUGAGGCUGGUUCUGGAACCUGGAGUGUCUGCCUAAGGACACAGACAUAAGCACACAUAGCCUCCAGGAGAUGUCUCCGUGUUCACCAGUCCUGUCAAGAUACACCUGACGCAGGAAAUGUCGGAGACUCCCAGAAAGACAGUGUGCACAGGUGAAUCAAACAUUCCUUCUGGAAAAAUACAAAGUGGGAAAGGUUUAAAGAGUAAGAGUCAGUUUAGGACCAUUGCACCAAAAAUUGUGCCCAGAGUCCUAACAUCCAGAAUGCUGCCAUGUCAUUCACCAUCACUCUCUGAUCAGGUGAAUCUGGGACCUUCCUUCAGCGCUAAGCCACUGGGGAUGUCCACCCAGAACUAUGCUCUGAUGCAGGUUGCUGGCCAAGAGGGGACAUUUUCUCUUGUCGCUUUGCCAAAUGUUGCCUCAGCUCAGGCAAUUCAGAAACCCAGAAUGCCCCUGCCUGAAAACCUUAAACUGCCUAUUCCUCGAUAUCAACCCCCAAGAAAUAACAAAGAAUCAAGAAAGAAACCCAUCCUGAGCCCUCCUGAGAGUGGCUGUAGCAAACCUCCUGCCCAAACCCAAGGGUUUCCUCAGAUGUCCCUUACCUCAACUGACCAGCCUGAACUCCCACACAAACCCAGUCCCUUUGAACAAGUGCCGUCACUAGAGCAAACCCCAGCCAGCAUCAGCACAGCCACCCUGACCAAUGGCUGUGACCAUGGAGACUCGAGACCUCCAGAGACCAAGAGCUGUGGUCAUCUGAACCCUGCUGCCACCUCAAUUUCAUCCACCCCGGAGGGGCCCUCUGCCAAGCAGGGCCCCACAGAGAUUUCAGGGAGAGCAAACUUUACGAGCAAGAACACAUCCAGCAAACCUGCUGCCGUCACCAGUGAAAACCUUAAAGAACAAAUUGACCUCGCAAAAGCCAUGACCAAGUUAUCACCAGGUGUUUUGGGCAGUGCAGUCCAGUGGAUCUCCGCAGUCCCCAGAGGGAAAGUGCCAAUCUUACCCUACUCAAGAAUGAAAGCAGCGGAGGCUUACAAAAUGGAAUCAAGUGCUAACACUGCAGGUUUCUCUCUACUGGGGCACGGGGCAGAUGGUGAUAAGACAUCCACCGUCACAGAAUGCUUUGAUGCAGCCACCAAAAUGGCCAGCAAGAUGCCUGCUUCACAGGUGUCACAGCAGAGCCCCUGUGAAAAUGCCUGUUGUAUAGCCACCAAGCUAGAUCUCAACCACAAAACAAAACUGAAUAGUGGGGCAGCAAAGAGAAAUGGAAGAAAACGAAAGGUACCAGAUGAAAUUUUGGCACUUCAGGGGAAAAGGAGAAAAUGCAUCAUUAACAAGUUUAGAGAUGGUAAAGAAAGAGUAAAAACUGAUUCCCAAGAAUCCAGAGACCAAAAACCUGGAGCUGUGAAAAAAUAUCGUAGCAUUAUGCCCAAACCUGUAAUUGUCAUUCCCACCUUGGCUCCCCUGGCUUCUCCUGCAGCUACACUACAAUCACAAACACUCAGGGGCCUAGGACAGGACACCCUGUUAAAUAAUUCACUCACUGCUAAGUGUCUUGGCCCUAAGCAGGACAACAGCCCUUCCCCUAAGCCCAGUUCUGUGUUCAGAAGUGGAUUCUCUGGCACUAAGAAGCCUUGGCACCGAUGUCACGUCUGUAACCACCACUUCCAGUUCAAGCAGCACCUUCAAGACCACAUGAACACACACACCAACAGACGGCCUUACAGUUGUCGGAUUUGUCGCAAGGCCUAUGUACGUUCUGGCAGCCUGAGUACACACAUGAAACUUCACCAUGGAGAGAACCGUCUGAAGAAACUCAUGUGCUGUGAGUUUUGUGCAAAAGUGUUCGGUCACGUUCGAGUCUAUUUUGGCCAUCUGAAAGAAGUGCAUAGGGUUGUGAUCAGCACCGAGCCCUCCCCUGGUGAAGUGCAGCCAGGAGACAUGCCAAAGAACAGAGACACUAGUGUGCAAGGGACAGAAGGAUCGCUGGAGAGGGAAAAUAAGUCAAGCUUGGAAGAAGACUUCCUUCUAAACCAGGCAGACGAAGUCAAAUUACAAAUCAAAUGUGGCCGUUGUCAGAUCACUGCUCAGUCUUUCGCUGAAAUAAAGUUUCAUUUACUUUAUGUUCACGGAGAGGAAAUUCAGGGUAGGCUACAACAGGGGAUCUUAACAGGAAGCAAGGUAGCUCAGGAAGCACUGGUCAAACACGCCACUCCUGACUGGAAACCACAUCCCGAAAGAAGAAAGCUAGUGAAGCACAGUCCCUCUGAGGAGGAAUUACAUGCACUCCCUAAAUUAAAAAGGCAGCUCUACCUUCAUCAUCAGAACGGUGUGGAAAUACUCGUGGAAAACGAAGGAGCCCAACCAGGAACCGAUGAGCCCAGGGAAAGCCCCCGGAGCCCCGAGGGCCCCGGCCUCCACACUGUUCUCCUGUGGUCCCACUCUGGCUUUAACUGCCUCCUGUGUCCGCAGGUGCUGGGGAGGAGAGAGGACCUCCUCCUCCACUGGGAACGCCAGCAUAGCUGCCAGGACCCUUCGCGACUGUGGGCUAUUCUAGAUGCCUUCUCUAACCAGGGGGUGAUUGAGCUUUCCAGUGAAACUGAAAAAUGAGACACCAAGACAAGCUUUCGUGAGAGUUCUGUGCUUUAUGGUGGUGUUUAAUUAGAAAGAUCAAACUAGUUAGGAUCAGCAUUAAUGAACAGAAGUGAUUUUUGUGCAUAGUUUUAUUUUCUUAUGAGAUAAAAUAUAUGUUUGUGAUGCAUAUUUUUCUAGCCAUAUGUAGUCUUAUUUUAAAAUUCUAUGUAUUGACUCUUAAUAUUUAGACUUUAUUUCAGAAUAAAUAAAAAGACCAAAAUUUGAGAGUGAAAUAUAAAGGAUUCUAGGGUGUUCUUCAAAUAUAGUUUUCAGUAAAAAAUGUGUGUGUGUGUCCCCUUUUGUUCUGAUGUUUCCUGCUUAUGUAGAUCAACAAAUGUGAAAAUUUUCCAGGUGGCAAAACCAUUUUAGUCUCAACCUUAGUGUUAAGUUAGAUGCUAAGUAUUGAUAUUCAUUAAAUACCAUGGUUAUUUGAAUGUGCUGUAGAGUAGUAUUUUAAUAAGGUUGUCAUUUACAGUAAUUUAAAAUCCAUGUUUUCAGGACUUAGGUGUUUUUUGUUUUGUUUUGUAAUUUUGCUACUUUUUUAAAUGUGCAUUGUCUUGAAGAUUAGUUGUUGGCAAGUCUUAUGGCUAUGGUGUUCCAUACAAAAUAAUAAAAAAAAAUUAGUACUUCAGCUAAUAAAAAAUCUUCUUUCUUUGUAAAAAGUUAUUUUCAAAUAGUCUUAGGGGCCAGAAAAUUUACAACCUGGAAAGUGAACUAGAUCAGUCCAGAUGUGUAAGUGUCUGGGCUGCAUUCCUGCUCUCCCAAGGACUUCAGAGGGUUGUUGCCAGUUGAUCAAUUUUGGAUGCAACUUUGCCUUUCAAGCCCAGAUUCUCUUUGACAGUCAAGAGUAAAUGAUUGCCUCUUAAAUUCCUGGGAAAUUACCUUGAAUCAGUAAAGCUGCCAUUUGAGGCUCUUGGCCAUCCUGACUACAAAAUCAUUUUCUUAGAAGGGGGAGUUUGAGCACCCACCCUACUAAAACCUCGGACUGGAUGAAGCCUCCAUGCAUGUGGCCAGCCCUGUUUGCCGAAGGCCCAGGCAUCUCAUAGCUUUGUGCUGUGCUCAAGGAAGUUACCUAAAACAAAAGUAAGUUCUGAUUGAUAAGCUAGUAGGCCUUAACUUUUUAAAUGUCUAGUUUUAAAAGAAAGUAUUCAUAGGCAUAAUUUGGCUCAAAUAGUACAAAAAGGGAAAACUUAAUCCAUGCCGUUUUGCAAAUAGUUUUAUAAGUUUGAGAAUAAGAGGGCGGGGUUGGAAAUCUCUGACAGAUUGUGCCAUGAUUUAUCUAUGUAGCUAGAAAGACACUGAGGCAAAUUCGGUCUUAAAUUCAGCACAUUCAUUCUGCUUGAUGUCUUUUGCUUCUUGGAAAAUUGUCCCAAUGCCAGCAAAACUAGAUUUUUUUCUUGUCUUUUGGCCCUAAAUUAUUUCUGAAAGUUACAGCAUUUUAGAUUUGUAUUGUUUUAUUACCUGUCAUUUUUAUUCACGUCCCCUUUUGUUGCUCUCUCUUCUCACUUGGACGUCUUCCUAGUUUAGCUUGACUGUUCCUGUGUUAAGCUGUUCCUCAUAUGGAAAGUUGUCUCUUCAUCAGCACACCAUAAAUAAUCCCACCUGGGCGCGUCCUUCGCCUUCUCUGGCUGCAGACGCCCUCGCCAGCUGCACGGCUCCAGCGCUCCACGGCCCCGUGAUAGGGCUGUGCGCAGUAAAUGCUCAGCUGCAUUUAUUGCUUAGAACUCUCAGAUCAGGACUGGUUUACUCUGUUCAAGCCGCUGACAUGCUUUGUUAGGGACAUAUUUCAUAGAGUCUCCCCUUUUCACCGAGUUCCUGAGAGGAAUGUCCUGGUAAGGAUGAACUGGGAUUUAACAGGCCAGCUUUUUAGCUUCAGCUUCAUACUGACUUCUGUGACGUUAGACAAUCAGCAGCUUAUCUGGGCUUGUGGUUCAAUCUAACAAAUAUUUUAACCAUAUCCACCUCUUUAGGAGUGGAUAUGAGACAAAAGGUCUGUUUUCAUAAAAAUACAGUACACAUAAUAAUGUACAUUGUGUUUGGUGUGUUCUAACUCAUUUUUCAAAGGCUGGCUACCUUGGAAUAAAUUGAUUUCAUGAACCACCAAUGAACAAACACGAUCUGAAAUAUAUGGCUGUAGACUUGACCCUCUGACCCUCGCCCCUACUUCAAUAUGGCCCAUCCGGGCUGUCACCCGGUCCUUCAGAUCCCUGCUAUCACAUGCCUGCCGGGUGACCCUCAUCUCUCCCCACAAACAUGCAUUUUGUGGGCCUUUGGAAGGGCGGCCUCAGUCCAAGGGGGUAGGGAAUGCUGGGAAUUGCAGACAUCCUGUGGCCAACAGGAAGGCCUGUUCGUGCCCCCCACGGAGGCCUGACUUGUUCUCCGCGGCCCCCCGGGAGGCUGCCCAUCUGCGGCCACCCCAGGAAGCGGCUGGGUCUAGAAACCCUUUUUCAAAGUUUUGCUUGACUAGAAUUACCAACUCUUCCGGUUUCUGUUGGACUUGAAAUCGGCUCUUAUUUCUUACCCUAAUGCAAACAGAGG